AAUGCAGUGAAGUACAGUGAAAUAAAGACACUUGGACUAAGUUCACACAACCUAUCACCACUUUUAAUUUUCCCAAACCCUAAAAAACCAAAAACAAUCAGAAUCCCAUCAAAAACCUCUCAUUUUCCCUCCUCUAUCUCUCUCACCCUAAAAACUCUCUCUAUUUCUAGUUAAUGCUUCACACCGCCUCAUAAAAAAUGGCCUCCGCUUGUGUCAACAACAUCACCAUGUCGCCGGAGAAGUUCCCUCCGGCCACCUUCCCAUCCUACGGCUGGUUAAGUCCACGUAUCUCCUUCUCCCGUGAAGACGACGCUUCUCCAAAGAAAUCUUCCGCCUCCUCCAAUGCCACCGCUGUCACCGGUGAUCUGUCGGACAUUUUAGAUCCUGUCGACUUUGAGUUCCGUCUUGACGAUUCCGUUACUAUGUUGCCUGCUGAUGAGCUGUUUGCAGAUGGUAAGCUGAUGCCGUUACAAGUAACGACGAGUGUUAAGCCUAUUGCUAGUGUUAAUACUCGUGAGAUCAGAGCAUCUGAAACGACGCCGGGGAAUGUUAAUAAGUCUUGCCGGAGACUGGAGAUGGAAAUUUCAGGUACUGAUCCUUAUUUGUUUUCUCCUAAAGCGCCUAGAUGUUCGAGCCGUUGGAAAGAUUUGUUAGGUUUAAAGAAGCUUUACCAGAACGCUAAUGCCAAAUCCGAAACCAACAAAGCGACGUCGUUAUUGUCGUCUUCCUCUUCAGCUUCUUCUAACCCUAAAUCACUGAAGCAUUUCUUGCAUAGAAGCUCUAAAUCUUGUAGUGGUAACUCGUCUUCGUUUUUAGAUCACUCACUGAGUUCACCUUUGUUGAAGGACUCGGACUGCGAGUCUGUUUCCAUUUCUUCGUCAAGAUUAUCGUUGUCGUCUUCCUCGUCUAGCCAUGAGCAUGAUGAUCUCCCCCGGCUCUCUCUUGACUCCGAGAAACCAAACCAGAAUUUGAAUCCGAGUCCAAACCCGUUUAUCCUCAACCGGAAUCCGAAUCAAAACCCUCCAAGAAUGAGACUAGUUAGACCCAGGGCAGAGAUAAACAAUACUAAUGGGAAUGGCAAUAACGGCAGUAAUCCAAUUCCAACGGCUGCGAAUCGUACGAGUAGGAGCCCGAUGCGGUGGGCCACAGCGGGGGAGCAAUCAACUGGAGUGACGAGCAGAGGAGCAUCAAUAGACAGUCCAAGAAUGAAUUCGUAUGGUAAAAUAGUGUUUCAAAGCUUGGAGAGAAGCUCAAGCAGUCCAAGUAGCUUCAACGGAGGGCCAAGAUUGAAACACAGAGGCAUGGAGAGAUCAUAUUCAGCCAAUGUAAGAGUCACCCCUGUUCUAAAUGUACCCGUUUGUUCACUCAGAGGCAGUUCAAAGUCAUUCGGGUUCGGUCAGCUGUUCUCUUCCUCACCACAGAAAAGAGAUUCCAGUAGUAGUAAUAACGGUAGCAGCAGCAUUGGUAACAAAGGACAGCACAGUAAUUACACCAGGACUCGCAUUGAUAAAACAACAUAAACAGAAGGGUAACUAGUAACAUUUUUAGCAUUAUUCUUAAGUUUUUGUGUUCUGGGUACUAAUUUUUUGCUCAAAAUUUCAGUUUUUUUUGUCAAUUAAGAAAAAAGGGCAGUUGGGAAAAUCUGUGUAAAUAAUCGGUAGAGGGUCUUUUCGUUCCGUUAUGUUUUAACCAAGCUAAUUCUGUAGUUUUUGCCUGAGUGAAAGAUAUGGAAUCUCUCUGGUUUUUCUUAGUGGUCACCAGCAUUUGUUCAGCACGCGCUUCAAUGGAGUAUAUUUUUUGUAUUA